CCGGCCUCCCCUCACGGCGUCGCCUGGCAGCGUCGCGGGGCGGGCCGACUUCCGGGAAGGAACCGACAUGCGACAGAGCGGCGGCCGGCGCGCUUAGCGCCGCGAACAUGCGGCAGUCCCUGCGGGCAACCCCGGGCUGCGGAGCGGCGGGUGGCGGGCGGCGGGCAGGACGGGCUGCCGGGGCGGCUCCGAGGCCUCGUCGAGGAUGCUGUCCCGAAAGAAAACCAAAAACGAAGUGUCCAAGCCGGCCGAGGUGCAGGGGAAGUACGUGAAGAAGGAGACGUCGCCCCUGCUGCGGAAUCUCAUGCCUUCAUUUAUCCGGCACGGCCCAACAAUUCCAAGACGAACUGAUAUCUGUCUUCCAGAUUCAAGCUCUGCUGCUUUUUCAGCUUCUGGGGAUGGAGUAGUUUCAAGAAACCAGAGUUUCCUUAGAGCUCCAGUUCAAAGAACAUCGCAUGAAAUAAUGAGAAGAGAAAGCAACAGAUUGUCUGCACCUUCUUACCUGGCCAGGAGUCUAGCAGAUGUCCCUCGGGAGUAUGGCUCCUCUCAGUCAUUUUUGACAGAAGUUAAUUUUGCUGUUGAAAAUGGAGACUCUGGUUCCCGAUAUUACUAUUCAGAUAAUUUUUUUGAUGGCCAGAGGAGGCGGGCAUUUGGGGACCGUGUACAUGAAGACUACAGAUACUAUGACUACAACCAUGAUCUCUUCCAAAGAGUGCCGUCGAAUCAGGGGAGGCAUACUUCAGGUAUUGGGAGAGUUCCCGCUACAUCUUUAGGCAAUUUAACCAACCAUGGCUCUGAAGACUUGCCCCUUCCUCCAGGCUGGUCUGUGGACUGGACCAUGAGAGGGAGAAAAUACUACAUAGAUCAUAACACAAACACCACACAUUGGAGCCAUCCUCUUGAGCGGGAAGGGCUGCCUCCUGGAUGGGAACGAGUUGAAUCUUCAGAAUUUGGAACCUAUUAUGUAGAUCACACAAAUAAAAAGGCUCAGUACAGGCAUCCCUGUGCUCCUAGUGUACCUCGGUAUGAUCAACCUCCUCCUGUCACAUACCAGCCACAGCAAACUGAAAGGAAUCAGUCCCUUCUGGUACCUGCGAAUCCUUACCAUACUGCAGAAAUUCCUGACUGGCUUCAAGUGUAUGCUCGAGCCCCUGUGAAAUACGACCACAUUCUGAAGUGGGAACUCUUUCAGCUGGCUGACUUGGACACAUACCAGGGAAUGCUGAAGUUACUUUUCAUGAAAGAACUGGAACAGAUUGUUAAAAUGUAUGAAGCCUACAGACAAGCUCUUCUCACUGAGUUGGAAAAUCGCAAGCAGAGACAGCAGUGGUAUGCCCAGCAACAUGGCAAGAAUUUUUAAGUUAACUUUUUAAAAGAAAUUUUAAGUUUUAUAAGAGCUUUAAAAUACUUUCACAAGCUUAAAAAAUGCAGACAAGUACCUUGGUUAACAAAGGCAGCUUACUUUUUGGAAAUUAUAAAAUUUUAAUUUUACAUGUAUUUUGUCAUUAGAAGUUUUCUUUUAUUACAAAAUAAAAAUGAGUAUGUUAUUCUAAGAGCCAACAUGGUAUGUACAUCCAAAUGCUGCGUAUUAGGAAACUGCUUUGAAUAUUCUUGAUGGAGAAAAACGCAGCAAGAAAAUGUCAAAACCAUACAUCAACUAGAAAAUGCUCACUUGGUAAUUUCUUACAGCUGCAACACGUUUCUUUUUUAAAAAAUUAUGCUGUUUUUAAUGUUUACUGGUUAAUGUGGAACCUUACCUGGAAUGGGAUGGUAUGCAUAUUAUCAUGGCAUAGUUCAGAAUACAAAAUAGGAUUUGGAACCUUUAUUCUGAUGUUUCUGUAUGUAAUCUAUGUCACGUCCCUUUUUCCCUGCCAAGUGUAAGGGGCCCUUUUGAAGGAUGCUGAGAUAAUCUUUGAGGAGCCAAUUUCAGCAUCAGGCCUUGUCCUGGGUGGGCAAGGGGUGCACAGCUCUCAGUCGCGGCUUGGCUUCCAGCAGCAUUGCACACCGUCACCUCCCAGACUGGGCUAAACGUGACAAUCAAGGCGUCCGUGAGCAAUCUUGGCCAUUAAAUCAGUUUUAUAUGACUUUUUUUAUCUGGUAAGUGUUUUUGCAGCAAAAUGAUAUCCAAUUUUUUUCCCUUUUGGUUUAUAUUAAAAUGUUCAUAAUUAAUACAGAAUAUUUGAUUACAGACAAAUAUGGUAUUUCUAGCCUGUAAAUCUCUAAAAUUCUGUGAAUUUCAUAGCUUUUCAGUUACAUUUACCUGAGUUGUAAAUAUAUGUAAAUAUGUUUCUGGUUUUGUUAGUCUUUCAAAAUACAAAGCACUCCCAGUUAAGACGUAAGUGGGUUUGAAUUAUGCAUAAAAUGUUGUGUUUGAUUUUAUAUGACAACUUUAUUAAAUAUAUUUUUGUGGAAACUAAA